AUGUUACAUCGAAGCGCUUCGUCGCGACGCCGGCGAGCGUCGCCAAACGUGGUAAAUUCAAGUCAGCCGGCAUCUUCGACGAUGCGAGGUCGACGAGCGAGCGUAGCGACUGAGAAACCCCUCAUCUUACCACCAAGUAGCCCCGGCGGAACGAUGGAAAGGCAGCGAUCGCCGAGGGGUAGCAUAGUGCCGAAUAUCGCUCUGAAUACCGAGAGCGACUCUCCCGACGAAGGAGUCUGUCGUAGGAUCCUGCCGGAUCCCGAACAAUAUGGUACCGGCCGCAACUCCCUGGCGCCCGAGGCGAGCCGCAGCCCGCGAAAUUCUCUGAUACCUGACGAUUACUGCAGAAGCCCGCGAGGCUCUCUAAUACCGGACUCGAGUAGGAGCCCACGUAAUAGUUUAGUACCCGAUAUGGUGCGGUCACCGCGAAACAGUUUAACGCCAGAAGUCUCUCUUAGUCCGCGUCACUCUCUGGUGCCAGACUCGGCACUUAGCCCGAGAAAUUCUCUGAUACCGGAUGUGGCCUAUAAUCGGAGUCCACGGAAUAGUAUGGUGGCGAUUGGCGGCUCUAGAAUAUCCCUUUUACCGGAAAAUGGUAACGCGAUCGUGACCGCUAGUCGUAGUCCCAGACAUUCGUUAGUACCGGACACGACGAGAAGUCCGCGAGGCAGCAUGGCAAAUUUGGAUUUCGACCGAAGUCCACGUGGCUCGAUAUGUCCGGAAUUGCACAGAGUAUCCAGGAGCAAUAUCACGCCGAUGGAGGUUCCAGAUAGAAGUCCACGCGGUUCGAUAGUUUCAGAAUGUCUGAAUCAGAGUCCUCGCGGCUCCAUCGCACCUGAUCCCAACAGAUCUCCUAGAGGAUCGAUAGUGCCGGACGCAAAUCGGUCUCCACGUGGAUCGAUAUGUCCGGAGAGCAGCAAUAGAAGCCCAAGAGGAUCGAUCGUGCAUGAUCAGACAAACCGAUCACCACGCGGAAGCAUAGGCAUGAACGACGUCGAAAGACAUUCGAAAGGCUCUCUCGGAGCUGUUAACGAUGACGAAAACAGAAGUCCCAGAGGAAGCAUCGGGCCUGAGGGAAUCAAUAGAAGUCCUAGGGGUAGUCUCGGAGGACAUCAAGAUAGAAGGGCGCCAAGAGGCAAUCUGGGCUUACAAGAUCCUAGAAGAGCUUCCGCAGAUCAGGGGAGCACGAGAAACCGAAGUUCCUCGCCUUAUCGCCAAAGAGAAGUGAGCUCGGGAAGCGUCAGAUCGGGCGGAAGCGGUGGCGCACAGGUCAAUCUAGGAUAUGGAACGAACGCCUGGGCCGAUUCCAGGCGAGCUAGCAGCUCCGUUUCACAGCUUUCAGGCGAUGAGUCGCGCCGGCUUUGCGCCAGUGGUGUGAAGGCACCCGAAAAGGGUGACACAGAGGCUGCGAAUCUCGGUGUAGCAACCUACGGCUCGGUCGUGUUUCAGCUGAAAGACGCUCAUCUCGAGGCAAAUGGUAUCUGCGACUUCGUCUUUCGCGCUUUGAGAGUCAUCAGCAAGACGAUGACAUUUACUAUAUGUCUGACCUGUUUGUCCACUGUGCCUAUUUUGAUGUUCAUCUUCGGUGUGCAGUUCAUUAAGGAUUGCCCUAAAGAGCCAUACAUUCCCGUGUACAUGCUGAUCGGCGGAGUUCUGGGCGCUGUGCGAAUGUUUUGGGCGCUGUAUUCCCAGAUACGCUCUCGGAGGCCGGAAGUCUCGUCCCAUUCUGCCAACAGACCACACGUCUCGCCUAUGAAAUUACUCUCCAUAGUUUUGUCGUGCUUCCUGGUCGCGUGGUUCGUGUUAGGACAUUACUGGAUACUGCAUGCAAUGUGGCCGGAAUACGAAUUUUCGUUGUACACGCCCAAUAGAUGGUGUCAUAAGACACUUUAUAUUUUUUCUUUAGUUCAUCUGUUCGUAGUGUAUGCGGUUUUAUUUCUAAUAUUAAUAGUGGCAGUCGGCCUGGCUUUCUGCAGAAUUUUGGAAUGCCCUUUACCAGAAAGUGCGAUGAAACAUUUGGAGCAGUGGAGCAAUCCAGGAGGAACUCAUUAA